GGUGCAUCACAAAAAGGGAACAUUCAGCCAUUACACUGCGAUGAGGUGUGCCGGAGACUUUGCAUAGAUUAUCAAGCAAUCAAGAAGCAACUAAAACUAUCUGGAGUUGCUGAGCACACCUUUGCGCAUAGGUGUCUGGGUGUGGGUGGCUGGAUUCUUUGGGUUCUAUACUGUUCUGGGGGUGUAGCUAUAGGUUAUUUUCUAUUUCUUUGGGUGUAAUUAGAGUAGUUUCUUUUUGUAUUUACCCUGAAAAUGACGGCUCAGGUAGACUACCUGGCGGUGUUGUUCACGACCACAUCUGGCGCGAGCGGAGACCUCUUGGGUUCGGACGAGACGGAGCUCGAGCAGUUGGUGUGGCAGCUCGUGGACCUGAAGAACAAAAAGUUGGGAAAGGUGAAUGAGGUGUUAAUAAGGCCUGAGCACUCGGACCUUACAGAAGAUUGUCUGGGGGAGAGAGAGGACAGCGAGGAGUCUGUCUCUACAGUCACAGGCUUGGAGAACGCGAUAAACCAGUUCCAUCUGAGAUUGACCAAUGAGGUGAACAGCUUAGGCGCGGGCACGUCAGUGUGUGUGUGUACGGACGGGCAGCUCCACAUUCGCCAGGUUCUCCACCCCGAAGCUGCGGGCAAGAACCUGGCACUGCCAGAAUGUUUCAACUCCUUUUUUGACCUGAGGAAAGAGUUCAGGAAGCACUUCCCGUCUGCAGACACCAAGAGCCUGGAGGUGCAGUACAUGGCAGAAUCUCUCAGUGUAACUGUGGAGCCAGUAGCCAUAUUGGAGCCGCCGACCGUACUGGAUCCAACGGCUGUGUUGGAUCCAACGGCUGUGUUGGAUCCGACGGCCAUGUUGGAUCCGACGGCCAUGUUGUCACCGGUCACAGCAGCACUGCAGGUCCAGACCAUGGCCAACAUCGUUCUAGCCCUGCUAUUGGAACCCUUAUGUCACACAUUCUCAAACCCAGAGAAAGUCACUGAGAAGUUUGAAAGUGGCACUUGCAGUAAGAUGGAGCGUGUGUGUGACAACACAGUGAUCAGAGCGAGGGGGUUGCCGUGGCAGUCAUCUGACCAGGAUAUCGCUCGCUUCUUCAGAGGACUCAACAUUGCCAAAGGUGGUGCUGCGUUGUGUCUGAACGCCCAGGGUCGGAGGAACGGAGAGGCUAUGGUCCGCUUCAUCACUGAAGAGCACAGAGACAUGGCCCUGCAGAGACACAAACACCACAUGGGCAACAGAUACAUAGAGGUGUACAAGGCAACAGGAGAAGACUUCCUUAAGAUAGCAGGCGGUACCUCCAGUGAGGUGGCGUUGUUUCUGUCUCGAGAGGACCAGGUGAUUGUCAGGAUGAGAGGUCUUCCCUUCACCGCCACACCUGACCAGGUGCUGGCCUUCUUCUCCCAAGAGGAGGGGCCUAAAGAGGCGUGUCCUGUCAGUGGUGACAAGGAUGGCAUCCUAUUUGUGCGUUUCCCUGAUGGAAGGCCGACAGGCGAUGCCUUUGUCCUAUUCGCCAGUGAGGAGCAUGCUCAGUGCGCUCUCAGGAAGCACAAAGACAUCCUGGGAAAGAGAUACAUUGAGCUGUUCAAGAGCACUGCCGCUGAGGUGCAACAGGUGUUGAACAGGUACACGUCAGCCCCUCUGAUCCCCGUGGCUCCAGCCCCCCUGGUGUCAAUGUUGCCCUCUGUGUCUCUGUUGCCCUCUCCUGGUGGUGUGAGGGACUGCCUCAGGCUGAGGGGGCUGCCCUACACCGCCACCAUAGAGGACAUACUGGCCUUCCUAGGAGAAUACACACACGACAUCAGACCACACGGAGUACACAUGGUGGUCAACCAACAGGGUCGUCCGUCAGGGGACUGUUUCAUCCAGAUGCGUUCAGCAGAGCGGGCUUUCUCUGCCUCCCAGCGGGUCCACAAGCAGGUGAUGUCUGGUCCGGGCCAGGCUGGCAAGCGAGGGGUUAACAGCCGCUAUGUGGAGGUGUUCCCCUGUAGCGCUGAAGAGAUGGGUCUGGUGUUGAUGGGAGGCUCCCUCUCACACACACACAUUCACACACACACCCGGACCAGGAGUGGGACAGGGCUCAGCCCGCCGCCAUGUAAGUCCAGACGUCUGUCUCCUCCCUCCUACUCCUUCCCACCCAUCCCUUCCAUCAUGCCGGCUGAGGCUGCCGGCCUCUUCCCUCCCAUUGGGCAGGUGCUGCUGAGUCCCCGCCCCCUAGGCCCUGGACACGCCUACUACCCAGCUAGCACUCAGCUCUACAUGAACUACACUGCAUACUAUCCCAGUCCCCCAGGUUCUCCCAACACUAUAGGUUACUACCCCUCCCCCACACCUCUGCCCUCCCCUGGGGGAGUGGUCCGUAUGCAUGGCCUUGCCUAUAAAGAACUGCUCAACACCAUUCAGGGAUACCAGAGUCCUAUGGAGGCAUUGCCUGUACUGAGCAGUAUGAUUGGUCAGUCCAGCAGCGGUGAUGCUCUGAUGCCCUUCCCCCCUCUCCUGACCAAGCAGGGAGGGCACUACCUGGACCUAAACAUGCUGUAGAAGGCUCAAAGAUCCACACACUGACACUCACUACCCACACACUAUACCAGGGGUGUCAAACUCAAAGUGGUUAUAUUUCCUUUUUUUAAAUAUAAGACAUGGCUCUAUAUUAAACUGUGCCGAAAGUUUGACACUCCUUCAUCACAAUAUCACACAACACACACAUGCACCCCCCC